CAAAAUUUUACAGUUAAAAUAGCUGAUGGAUCCUUGUCUAAGGUGGCGGGAACAGGAUUUGAGUUCGGGGAGGACGAUUGGCAAUGCUAAGGAACAUGCAGGGGAUGACUAUGAUGAAAUCCAGAAGCUUAAAGAUUUCUUGGCGAAAGAAUUUGAAAUCAAAGAUCUAGGAAAACUCAAGUACUUCCUUGGAAUGGAAGUUGCUAGAUCAAGGAAAGAUAUCUCAAUCUCUCAAAGAAAAUAUGUAUUAGACCUUCUCAAGGAUACAGGAAUGUCAGGCUGCAAACCUGCCGAUACUCCCAUGGAUCCUAAUUCUAAGUUGGGAAGCAGAGAAGAUUGUGCUCCCGUUGAUAAAGCAAGAUAUCAACGAUUAGUAGGAAAACUUAUUUAUUUAUCCCACACAAGACCAGAUAUAUGUUUUGCUGUUAGUCUGGUUAGCCAGUUUAUGAAUAAUCCUACAGAAGAACACUUGGAUGCAGUCUACAGAAUUCUAAGAUACCUCAAAAUGUCACCUGGUCAAGGAUUGUUGUUCGAAAAAACAGCAAAUAGAGCAGUCUCUGUUUGUACUGAUGCAGAUUGGGCUGGGUCUAUAACUGAUAGAAGAUCUACAUCAGGAUACUGCACCUUUGUUUGGGGAAAUUUGGUCACUUGGAGAAGUAAGAAACAGUCAGUGGUGGCUCGGAGUAGUGCAGAAGCUGAAUUCAGAGCCUUGGCAUUAGGGAUCUGUGAAGGGAUGUGGCUAAAAAGAAUAAUAUCUGAGCUGGGAUUUCAAGAUUUACAAUCAAUAAACACCUUGUGUGACAAUCAGUCAGCUAUUAGCAUUGCCAAAAACCCAGUGUAACAUGACAGAACAAAACAUGUUGAAAUUGAUCGACACUUUAUUAAGGAAAAGAUUGAAUCUGGGUUAAUAUCACUAAAUUUUGUUCGCACAAGUCAUCAGAUUGCAAAUAUCUUAACUAAGGCAGUUCCACGGAAAUUGUUUGAUGAAUUAAAAUCCAAGCUUGGUAUGUUUGAUAUCUACAACCUAGCUUGAGGAGGAGUGUGGAAAACUAUUCAAGAUCAGAUUUAUGUACAGAGAAUCACUGGUUUUCAGGGAACUGCUACCUGUUUUUCAGGAAUUAUGUUGGUUGAUUUCAUGAAUCAAACAACCAUGAGUUGUGCCUGAUUUUCUGGGUUAGAUUGACAGCUAUAUAUAUUAUAUAGAUGUGACAUCUUUUAAUAGCUGUAAAGUUAUUUCUUCACUUGUG